UUUUUAGAUCACAAUGUCGGGCUAAUUUCAACUUGCCCUCCCUUCCACAGUUCUGAACAUGAACUGACGUCGCAACUGAUCAACAUCUUCGCUGCGUUAAAGAAACCAUCUGGAUAUGGAAGAGUGCUUUGAUGGAAAGCUCGGUGCAGAUGAUGAGAGUGGCUGCGAACUUGUGCGACAGACAUCGAAGCUUUUGGAGGAGCUCUUCCGAGCACAUACCCGACACCCGGAAUUCAUUCGCGCGGUAAUUUGGUGCAUGAGAACACUAAUCAGAAGAGGACCAUUCAAUGAAGACAGUCAGAAUGCUAUCAAAUCGGGUGUUACUGGCUUAGCAGAAUUUUUUGCUACAAAAUCUCUAUGGAUUCAGUCGCAGAUAGUGAACGAGUUACAUAGAUACAAUCUACCAGAAUUAACAGUUAUGCUUGCUAAUGCUUCUCGCUCUGCAAGAAGUGGAAGCUCUGUCCCGGUGCGUCUACUUCUGCAGGGCAGAACGGACAUCGGUACUGAGACUGAUAAGUUUCUUCCGUCAUACGCUAUGGCAUCAGGUGAAAAUUCAGCUUUCAAUCUGGGUCUAGCGACCGAUGGGCCUGUUCGAGAUGCGAGGAAAGUUCCGCUUGAGGGGGUCAAAAAAGUAUCGAUGUCGGCGGCGCAUACUUUAUUUCUCACGCACAAAGGAGAGGUAUAUGGAUGUGGUGCAGGAGCAAACUUUGAUGCAGGGGAAAAGAACGCCAAAUUGAUUGUGAGCCCAAUUAGGGUUGUAUUCCCUGCUGAUGCAUUGCCCAUUGUGGAUAUCGCUGCGGGUCCACAUCAUUCGUUAUUUAUCUCAGCAAAAAUGGUAUAUGUUUGUGGAAGCAACACAAGUUUUUGUCUCGGACUACCGAAAGAUGGGGAGCAAUAUUCCAUGAAAGCUAUAAAACUACCACUUCCUGAGGGUGUCAAGAAGGUGCAAUUAGAAAAGGUGUUUACCAAUGCAGAGAGCACCAUUGUACGAUCAGCUAGAGAUAUGUGGAUUGCUGGGAGAACACCUCUUGCAGUGUAUGAAACAUUUACAGCAAUUAUGGAAUGUGAAAGCUGCUAUGGGAUGAUCAUGUCGAAUAACAAAGUGUUUGGACUGUCCAGUAAGCUGGCUGUUGUGCAUUACUCCACUGCGCCAUGGAUUUUUCCCGUGAGUGUAGUUCGCGUAGAUUACAAGAACAGAAAUCUUGUGGAUAUUGAGGUGACGCUAACAAAUAACUCGGGCGUUCUCAGCUACACAUUUGAUCCACGCCCGUGUCGGGCUCCUAUAGAACCUUGUGUGGUCAGUGUGAACGGAGUGCUGAUCGAACUGUUUUGUCAUAAUUACCAUGUCACAUCCAAAGGCGACAUCGUCAUCAUGGGCUAUCCCGGAUCGAGUCGAGCAUUGGAAUUCUGCAGCCUUUUUCGCGGGCAGGUAAAGGUGAUUGAGGACAGGGUAGUUGAUGACGGUUUUACGGAAGCAUACUCGACUGAAUCGAAUCUGUCCGGCCUGAGAGUCUUAUUACUCCUGCAAGAAAUUCCUGGUGCUCAAGUGGUGUCAUCAUUCGCGAGAUCACCGGAUGGUAAAAAUCUGAUAUAUGUAACUAACAGCUCUAUCAACUGCCGAAGUAUACAAUGGGAGACGUCUGAUUAUGCCAAACUAAAUGAAGAACGUGAGCUGUCAUAUCUGGAGAGAAUCGACCUAGACUUCAAGAUAUUUGACAUAGCCGGUAAAUGUAUCGAGAGCCCUUCAUGUAUCAUGAAAGCUCGUUUCCCUAAUGUGGAAGCUUACACUCGGUCAAAUAAUGAGCUUUGGAUUGAAGAUCUUGCCAGGGAAGUUUCCGCUAUGAAAUGUAACCAAGUAUUUCGUGAUUAUCUUAUAUAUAAUGAGAAUCGCGUCAUGAAUCGUGGCUCGACUACCAAAGCUAUGAUGGAAAAAAUCUGUCAUAUGCUAGGAGUGCAGUGUAUCAGGCAUGAAAGAUUUUACCAACUCGGCGAACCCAUUAACUCGUUGGAAGAUUUUAUCGCGCCGAGAAAUUGCCUCCUGAUAUCUGAUGAAGGUGUUGAAAUCAAAUUUGUUAGGGAAUUACUGGAGCUCCAGUCCUCAUAUUUUGGUGUAGCUGUAAACUACCAAAGCAUCGAAGAAAUGCCGCGAUUUCGCCUUCGUGCAAGUGAGACGUUGAUAGAGUGGGCUCUGCUUAGUAUCGUUAAUCCCAACUUUUUGAGAACUUUGAAAACUAGCGAGCUGGUCGAUUUACUCCCUUUCCUCGAUCAAUACCUGCUCUAUGCCAUUACGGCUGAUACACUGCGUGUGAUGUUCGAAAGAGUGAACGAGUUCAAUGUUGGUGUGGUAUUUGAUCUGCACGAAACCGUCCCUCAACUUCGUCCCUUGAUAUCGGAGUAUUUCUACAACAAUCUGCAUUUGCUGGCUUAUUGGAAGAACUCAGGCGCUGCUUCUGACGAAUUGAUUUUGGACACGUUUGCUUGUGGACAGGAAAAAUCAAAUGACGAAGCUGCGGCUUGUGACGCAUACCUGCCAUACAUCCUAGAACCGCCUAUGAUCGAGAUUCUCGAAUCAUAUCGCAAAGCCCACUGGAGUUUGUUCCGAAGCGAAGAUGUUUUUGAUAUUCUUCUCGGAUCGAACAAUCGAGAUAAGAUACAGGAACAAGCGCUUUCGAAAUACCUCCAAGAGCAUGUGGUAGUGUUUCCUGAUGUUGAGGAAGCUAUAGAACUGGAACCAACUGGAACACUGCUUCAUCCCUCAAAUUCACCCGAGCCUGAACUUGUAACCUUGAUUCGUUCUCGACUAGAAGAGCGGGAGCAGGCAAAACUGAGGAGACUGCGCAAAAAGAGCGCUGGAAAGUCCACCUCUGAAGGAGUAUCCUGUUCCGUGUCGUUUACAAAGGAUGCUGUUGAGGAGAGUACAUUGCCGUUAAACUCAGAAAUUAUUGAAGAUGAACUGCCUGAGAGACUCACAGAAAAAUGUAGUGAAGUGAUUGAGGAACGUUCAUUUUUGAAAGUGGAAGAGAAGCAUGAAGAUCUACUCCCGAGAGAGCGCACAAAAUCUUCAUCUGGCCGUGCAGAUAGCAUUGUCGAAGAAGAUGAGAUUAUAUCGACAGCGCCACAAAAACCCGCUUGGAAAGCACCUGACUUGCAAGUUUCACCUCCUGUGACAUCUCCCAUUUUCGACGCUAAUGCUACGUCGCCGACAACAUCGAAGAAGAAAUUUUCUGGAAGGUUCACUCCUAAGGGUACUAAAUUUCGCGAUGCUAGCGAUCUACUUGUGGGAGCUCAACAACAAGGCACACAUUUUGCGCCAUGGGCUGGAGCAGCGACAUCUCCUCAGAAUUCUUAUACUCCGCUUGCAUCCAUCAUAUUGAAGGGAGAGACGGAGUCUUUAAAGCCUGCGAACAAAGAAGCUUCUCUUGUGAAACCAGAUAAUGCUCGACAACAACGCAGAAAAACUUCUGCAAAUGUUUCAUGGAGCGAGAAUGUUCUGUCGCCAUCGCCAGCCACAUCGCCACCAGCACCAUCAUUAGCUGAGAUCAUGCGUGAGGAAGAACGACGUCAACGGGAAGGCACGAAACGUCUCUCAAGGCCAUUGCAAUUCAUUGAAGAUGAAGAACGAGCGAUCGACGAGUUGACUCAGCUAUAUCGCGAAAAUGUCGGCGAUGAGGUGGUCGUGCGAGUUGAGCGUUGCGCCAACUCGGCUGAUACUGCAGCUCAAUGUCCCGUCUGGACGAAUACGCCACAUUUUCGCGCGUGAAUGGAUUAUUUGCUGACGUCAUUUCACUGAAUCAAGUACAACUAAGUCUUUAUUUUUGAUUUCACUUUGCUUCACGUCAUCGCCUUCUUUCUUCUACCCUCUUUUCUUUUGUAAAUUCGCACAAUAUAUCAACAACUUCUUAAAUGUUAUCUACGUGGAAAAUUCUGAGAAUUGUACUUUGGUUUCAAUAGCAGUGUAUUGGGUGAUUUUCUUGUUACAUAGCUUCUGCCUGCUGCGUCGUAAUUCGGCUCCAGUUAUAUGACACUGGCUGGCUGCCAGCUCCCAGAUGUGCCGCAGCAGAGCCUAAUGACUUUUUGCAGCGUCGGACUUAGUCAUGUUAGUUAGUAUCUGGAGUCCCUCUAUAGUUUGUACAAUGUUCUACUCUAACAUUACAUCUUUUCGUGCACUUUUGAGUUAUAAUUUUUCUCACUCAUGCUUAGCCGUUCCCAUCGCUCAGUUUAUAUUGAAUUGUUCUUGUAUUGAAUUUGUUUUAUAUAAUCAAGUUUUUGUCGUACUGUGAAUAGAGAUGUUUAUACCUCACCGAGGCCAAAAAAAGCGGGAUUUUCUUUAGGAUGAUUAGCAUUUCUUACAUGCAAAGUAGAUAUGGGUGUAUUUUAAAUUUUACGUUGUUAUGGUUUUCUAUAAAAGAAUUUUCGA